UUUAACGAAAUGUCGGUGAUAUUGACAUAAGUUAUAGUUGCCGUAAAUGGAGCAAUUCACCAGCGUGACUAGCAAUUUUAUUCAUUCCAAUUUAACAACAUCAUGUUCAAGAAAAGUCUUAACAAAAAAACGCAUUACUGGAUAGUUCAUUCAUACGGAACCAGAUGCAUUAAUGGACCGUCUUCGAAGGAAAAUGUUUCUUACAGUGGUGUUCAGCUGUUUUAUACCAUGUGGAGCGGCGUUCUGGUACACCGUUAAGAAAAGGUUCGACGGUGAAAUCCUUCCAAAAGAUCCAACCUUGUGUACAAAUCAGAGUAUUACAUUCACAGCUGUACUUAACGACGAUCCAGUAACAAAUUACUCCAUCGGCUUUACCUAUAAAACCAGAGACACAAACGGAGAAUACGUUACUGUAGACCAGAAUAAUGUCACAUACAUAAAUGAUACGAUGGCUGAAUAUACAGUGUCCAAUAUCCCGCCUCUAACUGAUCUAGAAAACCCCCACUAUAUGUUUGUUAACAGCUAUUAUUGGCAAGUCUUUGGUGAUAAUAAUAAUACGUUGCAGCUUGGGAAAACUACCGCAGCACGUAUUUUCCCAAUGCCCGAGGAGGUUCGUAAUUUUGACUGUAAAGUGAUGAAUUACGAAACGAUGAAAUGUUCCUGGAACUACUCGACCGACUACGGUUCUUUUAUGCCGGAAGUAUUUUUUCAGUGGAGGAAUCCCGUUUACAGUAAAUCGUGGACCGAAUGUAAAUUCUUAAACACACAGGAUGGGUAUUGCACGUGGAAUGAGACGAAGGCUGGCUUUUUCAAAACUUCUAACAUUACCAUCAGAUUGACGUUAAAACAGCCGUGCAACAUUAACGUUACUUCUGUGUUCCAUAUAGAUACAUCAAAAAUAGUAAAACCGAAUCCGGUUUCCAGUAUCAGAUCGAAUGUUAUCAACAGUACUUGUAUCACAUUAUUAUGGGAAACAACAAAUUCUGAACAGUUUUAUCCCAAGGAACAUCUCAUAACAGUGUCAAGUCAAGGAGUUCCUGUAACUAACAUUACACUAAUAACAACAAAAGACACUGAGAGCAUGGAACAUAAACAGACAUUUUGUGAUAUGCAUCCAUACACGAAGUACAGUUUUAAUGUUCGUAUCAGACCUACCGGUCUUUAUUCAGGUUAUUUUAGCGACACAGUUGAACAUACGACAACGACCUAUUCUGACAUUCCAAGCGCAAGUCCUGAAGUAACAAAAGGGGGCUACAGAUUGGACCACAGAGAAUGUGAAGAUGGCAGUGAAAGAAGGCGCGUGUGUGUGUUUUGGAAGCCAAUCAAAUUUGAGGAUCAGAACGGACCAAUGAAAGGGCUAGUAGGAGAGUUCACAGCAUUACCUCCUGUAAUCCAUAAAGUUAAAAACAAUUGGACCAAAGACGGGAUGUAUGGAUGUUCUACUAUACUGUGUAACACAGGUUACAUAUUUACUAUAAAAGCAAGAAAUAUAAAUGGUACAUCAGAAGAAGGUUCAGCCGUUACCAUACCCGCUUUUACGAAAGGUACUGCACGACCGCAGUUUAUCGUCGAAUCAACCAAUUCAUCUGAUGUCUUUAUCAGUUGGACAUAUACAGGCAAUGAUACACCAAGAUCAUUUCUAGUUGCUUGGUGUCGGAACGAGAACGGAGAUUGUCGGCCCGGACACGAGGUUGGUUGGAGAGAAGUCACAGGAAACUCAACUGAAAUCACCAUUUUCUAUUGACACGCCACAAGACUAUGUGUAUGGUGUAGGUGCAUUAACAGAAAAUGAUGAUAGCAGUGGUGUAGAAUGGCAGGAUUGCGUUUAUCUGAAACAUUCAGUACCUAAAAGAAGACCCGAGAAUGUCGUUGUAUCGACUGGUUCGGAAGAUAACAGUUUAGUUGUCACAUGGGAGAAACUGUCGUGUACAUCAAAUGAACCGUACAUUGCCAUGUACAAUAUACAGUACUACAAU